AUCGAUAAACAGAUAUGUUUUUGGUGUAAAAUGUUUAGUUUCGUGUUCAGUGUGCGUUUAUUUUAAUGAUUUGUGUUAGAGUUAAUGGUUUUAUUGCCAUUUUUAGCCAACAGGACGUUUUUAAAACAUCUUGAGCUAACUGUUCUCUGCGUUCCCUCUUGACUCGAGUUGGUUUAGUUGUUUGUUUCAUAGCGAAAACAGCGGAUUAAAAUAUGGCGUGAAUCAGUGGGUGAAGAUAACUUCUAUAGUGGAAGCUCAGGGUGUGUUAUCCUGCCCAGAACUCAAAAGUGUUCAGGCCAGCUUUUGUUGAUUGUGGUCAGUACAAGCCAAAUUAUCUCCUCAUCACGAUGGCCUGGGCUUUGAAGCUACCACUCGCAGAUGAAGUGAUCGAGUCUGGACUGGCGCAGGAUUUUGAUGCCAGUCUGUCUGGAAUUGGUCAGGAGCUUGGCGCAGGAGCCUAUAGUAUGAGUGAUGUGCUGGCUCUUCCCAUCUUUAAACAGGAAGAGUCCAACUUGCCACCUGACAGUGAAAAUAAGAUUCUUCCCUUUCAGUAUGUUCUUUGUGCUGCUACAUCACCUGCUGUCAAAUUACACGACGAGACGCUCACCUACCUCAACCAAGGGCAGUCUUAUGAAAUUAGAAUGCUAGACAAUCGGAAAAUGGGGGAACUUCCAGAAAUCACAGACAAAAUGGUGAAGAGCAUCAUCCGUGUAGUUUUUCAUGACCGACGACUGCAGUAUACGGAGCACCAGCAGUUGGAGGGUUGGCGCUGGAACAGACCUGGUGACAGGAUCCUUGAUCUGGAUAUCCCCAUGUCUGUUGGAAUUGUGGAUCCUAGAGCAAACCCUACACAGCUCAACACAGUGGAGUUUCUUUGGGACCCAUCAAAAAGAACUUCAGUGUUCAUUCAGGUUCAUUGCAUCAGCACAGAGUUCACAAUGCGCAAGCAUGGUGGUGAAAAAGGGGUGCCCUUUCGCGUCCAAAUUGACACUUUUAAGGAGAAUGAAGCAGGAGAAUACACGGAACACCAGCACUCUGCUAGCUGUCAAAUCAAAGUCUUUAAACCCAAAGGUGCUGACAGAAAACAAAAGACUGACCGAGAAAAGAUGGAGAAAAGAGCGCCGCAAGAAAAAGAGAAAUACCAGGCAUCGUAUGAAACCACCAUUCUUACCGAGUGCUCACCUUGGCCUGAGGCUACUUGUGUCAACAACUCUGCUUCACCGGGCUUUAGCAGUACGCACAACACCUUUCCUGUUAUUGAAGGGAAUGGAUCACCAGAUCAUCAGCCAGAGCCGGUGUUACCGUUAGCAGAUAAUCUGUUACCCACUGCAACACCACAGGAAGCACAGCAGUGGCUUCAUACAAACCGUUUUUCAUCAUUCUGUCGUCUGUUUACAAACUUCUCAGGGUCAGACAUGCUGAAGCUGACUAGAGAGGACGUCAUUCAGAUCUGCGGCCCAGCUGAUGGUAUACGAUUGUUCAAUGCGCUCAAAGGAAGGGUGGUUCGGCCAAGACUCACUAUUUAUGUGUGCCAGGAAUCUCAGCAUGCCAGAGAGCAGCAACAAAAGCAAGAGAACGGAGAUGGUGCCAAUAACACCCUUUUCGUGUACCAUGCUGUUUACCUAGAGGAGUUGACGGCUAUUGAGCUAACAGAGAAGUUAGCCCAGCUUUUUAAUAUAUCUCCUUGCCAGAUCAGUCAGAUCUAUAAGCAGGGACCUACUGGCAUUCAUGUUCUGGUCAGCGAUGAGAUGAUUCAGAACUUUCAGGAUGAGGUGUGUUUUUUGUUGGACACAAUGAAAGCUGAAACAAACGAUGGCUAUCACAUCAUUCUUAAGUGAAAAUGGAAACUGAGGGAAGAAAUUGCCACUUUGCCAGUACACCUCCCCACAGUCUCUACUGGAUAUUUACGAUUAUUCAAGUUCUUACAUUUGUAUUACUUGGGACAGGCAUGGAGGCUGCUGUGAUAAAGGGAAGACGUGUCUGACCCAUUCUGAAACCAUCCUGUCUUACUCCUUUCAAAGUGUUUGUAUUGCCAGUACCUGCCCAUACGCUUCAUCAACAGCUGCUUUUCUUAUAUGUCUUUUUGGUUUAUAACUGUCAUUUUUUUUCUUUAUUUGUUAGCUGAAACAUCUGGUGUGCCAAAGCCUGUUGCCUAACAAUGACCAAGUAGGUUGUGGAAUUAACAUAGAUUACUGGACUGCUAUGCAUCAUAGGCACAUACAGUAUGUCAUCAUAUGUGAACCAAAGACUUUGCAUGUGGUACUUUGUAGCCUGCCUUACAUGCUCACAGUACGCUGGUCCAAAAUAAUUGAGCAUUUUUAACAUUUUUAGGAUUUCAAUGACCCUGCUUUCUUGCUGGAAUUUUUAAGUCAUUUUAUAAUUUAUCUUUAACUGACAGUGCAUUUUUAAGCCUGAUUAUCAACUUUAGGUAAUUGUUUCUAUAUUUUCCCCUAGUUUACCCAAAGCAAAAAGAGCAGCACUGCUGCAUUGAGUCACUUUUACGUAGCUUAUUGAUUUACCAGUGUUAUUAAGAUUACAGCAGUCUUUGUUUUCAAAACUGUAUUACCUCCUAAUUAGCCUAAAUUACAAUGGUAUAAUGUGAAUUGAGUGAGUCCAGUGGCUGAUUUGUUGCACCAAAUGCACACUACAGUUUGCAUUAUUCAACAAUAAAAUAUCAUACACUAUAGUAUACAUCACAUACACUGAUCAGCCAUAACAUUAAAACCACCUCCUUGUUUCUACACUC